CUUCGUCCUCGCACCAGUCCCUCCUCCUUGGAAGCGAGGGAGGAGAGUGGAGGGAGAGGGAGGAGCGAGGCAACGGUGAGCUCGGGAGGCGGCGUGGGGCUUGCACGCCGGCCCUACCCCCAGCUCACUCACCACGCUCUUCUCUCACCAACUCUCUCUCUCUCUUAUCUCCUUCCAAGAUUCCCCCAUUUUUUUGUUGUUGUCCCCCCCAUUCUUGCUAGGAUCAUUCCUUGAUCUUUCGCUCGCUCCAGUACGCCCGUUUUCCAGCUCCGGAGAUCCCAUCUCGGCCACCUCCUGCGGUCUCCAAGCUCCAAGAGGCCAGAUUCCAGCACAAAUUUGAGGUCAAUUUGCCCGCUGAGCUCGAAUCAAUCCGCUCGGCAACAAGUGUCCUUUGUUCCCCCGAUCCCCGGGCUUCGAUUCGAUCGAAUCCGACCUAAUUUUAUUGUGUGUGUGUGUGUGUUUAACCUUCUCUCGCUGCACUUUUCCUUUCUCCUCCCUGUCGCAAACGCAAAGUGGGUUCCAUCGCGUCACCCGCACGGCUCCUCUGAUCGGGCGGAGAAAGAAAGCGCAUAAAAGGCGAGCUCUUGAUGCGGUCUUGGUCGUAGCAACAGCAGCUCCACUGCUCCCGGCAUCGCCUGCUGUUGUUUAUCCAUAUACGGACGGAGCAGCGGGCGCUCCGGCAGAGGCAGUGGCAGCGCGCUCCCCCCGCCAGCGCGUGCUGAUGCUUGCCCCCCUGCUCGCCGCCUUCGCUGUCGUCUUCCUGCUCCUCCUGUCCAGGCCAUGCGCCCGUGACAUGAGACUGUUCCUCGCCUCCCUGUGCCAGCAGCUCGUGCUGUCCCUGCUCGGGUUCCUGGCAGGCCUCCGCCUGCUCAGCGGCGUCGCGGCCGCCUCCGCGGCCACAGAGACCAUGCCGCUCAUGCCCUCCUUCAAGAGGAAGCGGGCCGCGGCCACGGUGGAGAAUGCGGAGGAGGCGGCCGCCACGGCCGGCGGCGGCGAGACGUCGGUGCUCGACCUGCCGGAGCUGGCCAUCGAUUGCAUUCUGGAGAAGCUGCGGCCGGCGGAGCUGCGGAGCAUGGCCGCCGUCUGCCGCUCCAUGCGCGAGCGCUGCCGCGGCGACCACCUCUGGGAGCGGCACAUGACAAACAGGUGGGGCCGUGUCCUGGGCCGCGCCGCCAGGGACGAAUGGAGGACGCACCUGGCUUCCGCCAGCGAGUCCCGCGCCGCGGGUGGCGGCGGCAAGCGCCGGAAGUGGCUCGCCGCGCUGUCCUGCGUUUGCCCGGUGGUGUCCUGGAUGCGGCCCAGGGCCGACGGUGGCAAGUCGUCCGCCCCCGUUUUGGACGAUUCCAUCAUGUCGUGGUACCUGUCCGUGGAGAGCGGCAAGUUCUGGUUCCCGGCUCAGGUCUACAACCGCGAGCACGGGCAUGUUGGGUUCAUGAUGUCAUGCUAUGAUGCAGCGCUCAGUUACGAUUUCCAUACCGACACAUUCCGUGCAAGGUACCCACCACACGGUCGACGAACCGUGGUGUUGGAGGAUGGCGUGCAAUGGGACAGGGUGAGGGCACCGCCUGUUGACACCCUUGCGCAUGACCUGCACACCUCUGACUGCCUGCAUGAGCUCCGGCCCGGCGACCACAUCGAGAUUCAGUGGAGAAGGAACAAAGAAUUCCCAUACGGCUGGUGGUAUGGAGUUGUUGGGCACUUGGAGUCAUGUGAUGGAAGCGAACACUUUUGUCGGUGCCAUCUUAGUGAUACCGUGGUGCUGGAGUUUAAUCAGUACACGCCGGGCUCAAGGUGGAGGCAAGCGUUGGUGAAGCGGAAGGAGCAUAGGGAGGAGGGCAACGAGGGCGACGGGUUCUACGGCGGCAUAAGGAAGCUCCGCGGCAAGGAUGACAUCUCCAAGUGGAGGCAGCUGUGGCCAACAGACGUCCUGGAGUAAGCAGGAGCCGCAUCCCUUCUCACACCGAGAUUGAUCCAUCGCUCAAAUGACACGCCUUUCUUUCAUCAUAUUGACCAAAUUCGUCGUCUCUGUCGCGCUGUUGUAAACGGGUUAGCAGAAGAACACACAGGGUGACAACAAAUCCUUGUUCGGUUAUUUCUAAUACAUAUGGAUUGGAUGAGAUUGGAAAAAAUUAAGAAGAAGUUUAACUUGUUUGCGAUUCAAACACAUCCAAUCUCAUUCAAUUCACAUGGAUUGAGAGCUAACCGAACAAGCCUGUAGUUGGACAAGGGUGUAACACUUAUUUGUCAGGCGUACCGGGCACAGACCGCUUCCUAUUUGUUCGUGGGGAUGUAACUGUAAGCCUUGUGACCCCUAAGCAGUCUGCGUCUUGUGCCUGCUGCUGUAGCGGUAGAGCAGAGAGAGAGAUCAAAUGUAAAUUACAUUUUUUAGCUCAAAUUCACGACAAA